AUGGAAUCUCAGGACGGAAUCACCGUCCGCCCUAUGAGGCUGAAGGUUCUCUACACAUUCGACAACGACAAUAAAACUAACUGUCUCGCUCGGUGGCCUCACGUGCUUGAUAUUCAGACUGCCUAUCUGGACGAACAAACCCAGAUCGGAGUGAUUGAGUUGAAAACAUGCAUUCAGGCAAUUGUGUCCGCGAGUCCCGAGUUGGUGGCUCAGCUGGGCAAGGACUACACCGUUUACGCUUAUGAUUACUCGGAAUACGAAACCCCCCUGGUCGGUCAGGGAAUGCUCUCAUGGGUUCUAGCAUCUGCCUCGCCAACCCCCGAAGCUCCGGCCCAUCAAUCGAAAACCAUGGAGACCCUGGAGGUCAAGCUACGCCUGGUCCCGGUCCCCACCGUCAUGCAAAGUCAAUUUGUCGACAGCAUGCAAACAUAUCGGCAGCUCAGCAAUGUUAUCCCUCACGACUUCGAUGCCCAAUCAUGGACCAACUUUAUGCGUCAAAAUCCGGGUCUGCUGGAGCGCUCUCGAAGUCAACAACUUGAAUCUGCCUCCUCGCCGAUGAACCAUUCGGGCAUUGAACGCUUGCAUCAACUAUUGAGCGAUGGAGCUACCCCGCGUGAAUUUUCGAACUACCCUGGCAAUGAAUCAACCCGCUCUAUAUCACCCAUCCAUUCUUACGGUGCCCCAAGCCGGGUAUCUACUCCCGGCGGAACACGACCUUCAACACAACAACAACCAUCUCAAUCGAAAGGCUUCACCUCUAACGACAUGAUUCGCCCGUCAUCGAGUGCCUCUAUGCGCGAUAAGGAUCUAUCAUGUCUGGCUACGGCAGUGGGGGAAGAGUCCUCGGAUCCUCAGCCUCGAAAAAGGGCCAAGGUCUACCAAGCAAAUUGGCCCGGUAAAUCCGAUAUGAACAUUGAACGGCAGCCAAGCUCCCUUCGGGUGCAAGCCAGCACAGCUGCUUCGGUCCGAAUUCAUCGCCCAACUCCGGUGAACCCUCUUCUGGCCGCCGAACACUCCAACGAAGAGCCUGUUCGUCCGCCUACCCCCAUUUCACGCCCUGGUGACCAUGCCCGACGAGCAAGGCCCUCUUCGAGCCUGCUUCGUGAGUACUCUGCUCAAAGUUCCUCUUCUUACAUGUCACCCUACGCCCACAGUGAUGACAUGCUCACUACGGAUCAAACUUCACCUGAUGACUCGCGCUAUCAAGGUCUCUUUGAGACAUCAUUCAGCAUGCCAUCGUCACCUCCUGUUGUGGAGUACCGCUUCCCGUCCAAGUCGAGUCCCAACCUGCCUCCAAUCUCCUUGGAUACUGACUCUGGGUUCAUGAGUGGCGGUUUGGAUGAUAUGAUGGACGACGCAACGACACCUGUUGAGGAGGUCCAAAGGACCGAGCCGAAUGCUGAUGACCAGAAUCAAUCUCGCUCUGUCCGGCCCACUGUUCAGGCCACCUCUCCGGCCAGCACUGCUGAUAUUAUGCCCCUGAAAAUCAAUGAUCUGUCGUCUCAACACCCGACGAGUGCCAACGCUCGGCGGCCGCUUCCACGGACGCAGUCAUGCGCUUCUUCCAGGCCUAGCUCGCGAGCUGGCGCCCAAUAUACUCCGAAACAACUCGCCCCAGCCCCGAUAUCCCAGAAUGAACUGGAGCAGAUGAUAGCCACACUCCCUGCCAGUGACCCAGUCGGCCCUUCUCAUCCCCCUCUUGUCCACGCUCAAACUUGGGCGGGACCUAUGAGUGACUGCUAUGCCCAGACGCCGGAUGCAUCAGCUCCACCUCAACCUCCCAAGAGUGGGAAAAACCGCAAAGGUGACUCGUCAAAGCAGGCCAAGAGAAUCCAAACACGUCUAGAGUGUGCAGUCAGGGAAGGUCAGAUGCCUCCUUACUGCGAGAACUGCGGCUCUAUUGAAACGCCAACAUGGCGACGGGCGUGGUCCAGGGAGUUUGAUGGAGAUGGGAACAUCGCGAAGAGCAUGAUGGUUAGCGAGCAUCACUUACUUUGGGAAGUAGUGGAUAAGGACGACAAUGAUCAGGUCACGAAGUUCAAGAUCUAUAAGAAGACUCUUCUUGAAGAAGAUAAUGGCUACAUCCAAGUCCUCCUCUGCAAUCCAUGUGGCUUGUGGCUCUUCAAGGCCAAAAGUAUGCGCCCGGAGAACAAGUGGAACAAACAACCUGCCGAAAAACUUGGUGAAAAGAGAAAGCGACCCUCUAGAACACGCAAACAGAGCGGAGGCCCUCUUUCUAAACCCCGCACUCGCAGCAAGGUUGCCACAAGCGAGGUUGCCGCCUCAUCUCCAGCCCCGACAGAGGGAUCGUCUGUACACCCCGAGGAUGGCACUACUCCUCGGGACACUACUCCUCAAGUGGAGAAUGCACAUGACGAAACUCAUACCGAGGCUGAGGAUUGUGAAGGAUCUGCUAGCAAACGUCGCCGAGCGAACAGCGCCGAACCACCUCGCUCUGCUAACUCUUCGAGGGGCCGCUGGGAAGGACAGGAUGCCGUCGAGGCCCUCAAGCUUGCAAUUCAAUCCAGCCCAGCAAGGAAUAUGGAAUCCCGAAAAGUUCCUCUGGCAGACGAUACUAAGCUUACUCCAAAGCCUGUACGCCGGGCGUUGUUUCAAGCGGGCCAGCAAGACGGCCCUUUGAGAGAGCUAGGUGCCUCAUUCGUCAAUAGUUGUUCUCCUCGACGCAGCCCUCGCAUCGCUUCUAACUCCCACGACGAUAAGCGCCAACAGCAAAAGGAGAACCAGGGACAUGCCGACAUUGACGAUCUCUUUGAAAGUCCCUCCCUGGAUUUUGACCUGCCUGUCAGCCCCACUCCCCGUCGACGCAAUACAUGCGUCAAUGUAAUGCACGAGAGACGCCAUUCUUUGCCUACAAACUCUCCCACCGCCAACAGAAAAAGAGAAGCUGGCGCGGCCGCAACUGCUGCCCGACUCACUGCGGAGCGUCUUCAGCGUGUCCAGGAGGGCCCUCAGUCUAAUCCUCGCCAGAGUCGCUCAGCCAAUAAGAAUGGUUCCACGACGCUCUCCGAUGGGGAUCUUCACACGGAUGCCUUCAACGCUCUUGAUGGCAUGAUGCUAGACAUCUUUGACGAGGCCAACCGUGACACCCUUGAUUUAGAUGGAGUGAAGCUAUCUGGCAACGACUGGGCGGACUGGCUCCCCUCAGACUAUGUUUCCCCCACUGGAUCUGAAGAUGGACCCGCUCCUUCGGAAGAUUUGAUCAAUGUUAUCCUCUCUGAUCCCAGCGCCAUGAAGGAGAACAUCCACCCAUCCGAUUUCAACAUCUUCAACUUCGAUGAUACCGAUAUCCCUGACUCGGGCUUCUUCAGCUCCGAUGCCCUUCAUGGAGACGGCCCGUCCAAGGUCCAGUCUAUCCAUGAGAACCCCAGUGGACAGGCAAAUUCUCCUAAUUCCUCAACACCACUUUAA